CUGACCCGAGCUCAAACAACAAUCCUAUUCAGCUGAGCUCUGCUGAUUUGGCUCUCUUGUUUGACUAGAUAACAAUCUGUUCUAGCUGACAACAAGAAGUCGCCAUUGAGAUCCCUUCAUCACUCAGCAACUGUGAGCAGCAAAAUGCAUUAUGAUGCUACUAUUCUGUUCCCAGCACUAACGAGGUCUUGGAUAACUUAAUGAGCGUGGAUUAUAAGUAAACUUGUUUUUAUUUGUGUAUUGCACAUUUCGAAAAAAAAAAGUUAAAAAUGUGCCAGAAAUACACAGACCCAGACAGAAAGAACCAGAGUACUUCAGAACAGCAUAGUGUUAAUAUUCCUAAAGCUACCAUCAACAUUAGAGGAGAACUCUUUGAAAUUGUUAAUUCCCUUGAAGCAGAUCUAGAAAAAUCACGAAAGCAACAAUGCAUUGCCCGGAAGAUUCUGAUCCUCCUUUUUGCUGCUGGAGUUGUUACAGGGACAGCCGUGGGAGUUUACAUACUAGUGCAGUAUUUGAUGAAGCCCCUCAUUUACCAAGGUUCCAUUUCAUUACAAGAUGCUGAGGUGACCUCUCGGUGCAAUGACACUGACAACAACGAAGUGGCUACAGUUCCACGCAGAAAAGUAUCUUUCAGAAUAAACACAGAAAACUUCUUGUUGGAAGUACAGGUGGAAUAUAAACAAGAAUGGCUCCUAACCUGCCAUGAAGGAUGGAACUCAUCUUGGGCAACACUUGUAUGUAAACAUCUGGGUUAUAUCAGGCUUAUGCAACACAAAGCUGUAAAUCUGACAAACUACAGGCUAAAUCACACUCAAGGAUUUGCGCAGAUCCCUCUUGCUCAGACUACUUCAACAAAACAUAUUUGGCAAACCAGACGUGAAUGUCUUUCUGGUCACGUUGUUGCACUGAAGUGUUCAGAAUGUGGAUCUCGUUCCAAGUCUUCCAGGAUUAUUGGAGGGACUGAUGUCACCUUAGGUCGCUGGCCAUGGCAAAUCAGUUUGUACCUUAAUAAUAAGCAUGUUUGUGGUGGCUCCAUCGUGGCACCUAAGUGGAUCAUAACUGCUGCACACUGUGUACACAAUUACAGGUCUCCUCAAGUGUCCAGCUGGUCGGUUCUUGCGGGUAUUAUUAGCCACUCCUCAGUGGGACAGAAAGGCUCAGUGUCUGCAGUAGAGAAGAUCAUUUAUCAUCAGAAGUAUGAUGAUAGAAGCCAUGACUAUGAUAUUGCCCUGAUGAAACUGGACAAACCCUUAAACUACUCAGACAGUAUACGUCCAGUAUGUCUACCACAAUACGAUCAGGAUCUCGCCGCUGGUUCCGAGUGCUGGGUCUCAGGCUGGGGCUACACUCAUCCUGACAACACACAUAUGCCUCGCAUCCUGAAGGAAGCUAUGUUGCCGUUAAUUAGCACUAAAAAGUGCAAUAGUUCCUGUAUAUACAAUGGUGACAUAACUCCCAGAAUGCUUUGUGCCGGCUACCUUGAUGGAAAAGUUGAUGCUUGCCAGGGUGACAGUGGUGGCCCCUUGGUAUGUCAGACCGACUACACCUGGCGCCUAAUAGGAGUGGUGAGUUGGGGCAUGGGAUGUGCUGAGCCAAAUCGUCCUGGAGUCUACACUAAGAUUGCAUCCUUUUUAGAUUGGAUCCACAAAAUCAUUGAGGAUGAUUAGAAGAGAUAAAGAAGACAGAAGAUGUCUGUAUCCCUGAAUUUCCAAACUCCAAAACUCAUGGGUGAUAUCUCCAAUCAAUAUAGUGUCAAUCAGUGUUGAAUCUUCCAGAGACCUCUGAUUGUUACACUGCUGUAGCCACCAUACUCCAUAUACAUCUGUGUCAGUAAUUUCUGUCUGUAGUGGUGUGAGUAGCUCACAUACAGGACUGGACAUACAUGUCAUUGCUAUAAAGCUAAACCCAUCAUAUUACAUCAAUGAAAAGCCAGUGUAUCACUGGUUUAUAUAUACAAUACAUAAGAGCAACACCAGGAAUUGUUUCAAAUCUCAUCAUAUAAUAAAAUACAGCUUUGGGGUAUAUGUAAAACAGAAGUGUUAAUGGUAGCUUAAAGG